GAGGCAGCGAGGGCUCGGCAGGUCCCCGUCCCCAGCCCCGCCAUGGCCGCACGGACUGUGCCCCACGCCCACCCCAUGAGCGCCGAGUACGAGUUCGCCAACCCCAGCAAGAUCUACGACCAGAACUUCGGAGAAGGUGUGUCCCCAUCUGAGAUUUUAGCCCCUGCCCUGUACCACGGCUACUACAUCAGGCCUCGGAUCAACAAGCAGCUGGAGCGGGGCACCUCGGAGAUCUGCCUGAACGAGCACAAGUUCCAGGUGUUCCUGGACGUCUGCCAGUUCCUGCCCGACGAGCUCAGCGUCCGCACCGUGGACAACCUGCUGGAGGUGGUGGGGCAGCACCCCCAGAAGGCUGAUCGCCACGGCUUCAUCUCCAGGGAGUUCACCAGGACCUACAUCCUGCCCCUGGACGUCGACCCCUUGCUGGUGAGGGCCACCCUGUCCCACGACGGCAUCCUGAGCAUCGUGGCCCCCCGCACCGGCAAGGAGCUGAAGGCCAAGGUCAACGAGGUGAAGAUAACCCAGGAGGAGCAGCCAGUGGGGAAAGAAGAGCAGCCCGAGGAAGGAAAAGAGAAGGAGAAGUCCUAAGGGCCCCAGGUGUGGGCUUGCACAGGGCAGGCAGGGGGGACAGGGGUGGGGAACCCACGGUGACAGACUCGUGUUUCUCACCAUCAGUGUUUAGCCAGGGCUCUGAGGCAGCCAGACUGCUGCUUCCCAAGGCUGAUGGCUGGAAAAAAAAGGGACUUGGAGCUGAAAACAGAGGGGGACUGAAGUGUUAGUGUGAGUGAGUGUAAUGCGAGUUUUCUCCCAGGUCAAGUGCUCGUGGAGCACCAGGCAGGGUGCUCUUCUCUCACCCCAAAAAACCAGGGCCACUCUCAUCCCAAACUGUGAGGCUGUGCCACAGUGGGAAGAGGGAAGAGAAGAUCCCAGUGCCUUGUCUCUGGGCUGGUGGCUGAGCUUUGUGGACACCAUGGGAGGUGGUGGUUGGUCUGUAAAAGUGCCUGCAGUUCUCAGGAGGAGAGAGGAAUAAACCUGCCUCUGGUCUUCUCUU